AGCAACGGUUGCUAACUAGACUGAAGCAGCAGCAGCUGUGUCAGUAACAACAGGUGACCAUCUUUGUUGCGUUUAACCAACAACUAGACGAACAUUUUGUAGGAAUUAUGGCUGGAAAAGGUGGUUUGGCGAAACUGCACCUCGGUGUAUUAACUGCCGAGCAGCAAGAGAGGCUGCGACAGUUCAAGGUCAACACGAGAAUCAACAACGAGAAGUAUCUGAUAUCACAUCCAGAAGUAGAGGUGUUGAUAGGCAACUUUAUGAGAGAUGUGCUUUUUAAAAGGCCGGCUGACAUCCGUGAGUUUGCUGCAGAUCACUUCACCAACCCGAACCUUCAUGAGGUUAUUGGCUCCAAAAUGGAGGGAAACAUGGAGUGAAACACACAGUCCCGUUGCUUCUCCUUUGUGUCUUUCUCUGUACUCUAUUUUAGCAAUAACAAAGACAUGAAUACGUUUGCGUCAAUCAACUAAUUCUUCAGUUUGUAGCGUUAUUUUCAGAUUUUCUAUCAUACACAGGCAGGAAGCCAGCUAAUAGGGGAGAUGGUAACGGCCGUUCCUAAUAAGUGUAAUUAAAGGGUUAAUGAGAAGAGGAUGUCCUGUGGGUAUUACAUACUGUGUUGUUUGUCACAUCAUGUCUUCACAUAACCAACAUGAUCGUGACGAGGCAUUCUGCAGGCUGGAGUUUGUGUUUACUGCUUGCGACUACCUUUUCCACCAGAACCAUCAGUCUUUGUGGUCUGCAUUGUGGCCCCACAGUUGUUGAGAGGACAUAUUGCAUUGAUCUGGAUAUGGACCAGUCAAAAUGUAUCAUUUAUUUACUCCACUCAUGUAUUACACGAAGAUGCUGCAAACUGUUUGUUUUCUCUUGUGUUAUUUUGUCAUCUCUUCCUUUUUAAUAUACAUCUUUUUUGUGCCAUGAAACAUUGGAUUCAUAUUUGUGUGUAUAGAAGUGAACAUUUCAUAGAGAAUUUCCAGAGAUAAAUGUGGGGUUUUCCCAUUGAACUCUGUUUUUGUUGGCUUUAGCAUCUAACCGCCAUUACACCUGCACCUUAACCUACCUCUGCAGUGGCCUUAACAUUGAUAUGUGCUGCUCGGUAUCACCGCUCAGUGUUCAGGAGCUGCUGUUUUGUGUUUGCCCGCGUUCUCCACGGAGAGCGUGAAUAGAGCUUUUAUUGUGUAGUUAUCUUUCUUUGUUUGUUAGUUUGUUUUUGGCUGCGUCAUUUUAUUUGGAUAAUGCAGCUCUGUAUUUGGUUGUGGUGUGUCUAUUUUAUCAGCCCAUCCAUCUUUUCAAGCUUUAAUUUGAAAUGAUGUAUGAUCUGAUGAAUAAUCAUCUUGUUAUACAACCUCAAAAAUAAAUGUACAACUGCUCCU